GUCUUGUCACGUGUCCUCAGUGUUGUGUCAAUAAAGUUUUGGAGUGUUGUUUGUUUUUUCAAAUGGGCACUGCAGCAGCAAUGGCGGCCCCCAUGUCGUGGAGGAGGCUGGUGUAUUCCGUGUACUCGCCGGCCCUGGCCGGGGUUUUCACGCGAAUAUCCGACCGGCUCUUCCGCGCGCGGGAUCGACGAAGCGGAUCCUCUGUGCUGCUUUUGGCACCCCUGCUGGCCAAAGCUGAGCCUGAUCCAGAGAGUGCCACCGCAGCGCCGGGCGCACCGCGCAGCCUCCACGCCCACUUCCGAUGGAUGGCGGAGCACGUGCCGGCCUUCCGGGUCAACGGCGCACGUGUCCACAUGCUCACCUCACCUGAUCAGUUCUACCAGACGCUGAAGGCACGUGUCAGGACCGCAAAGAGACGAGUGGUUUUGGCCUCGUUGUAUCUGGGAACGGGUCAGCUGGAACAGGACCUGGUGAACUGCAUUCAAGAAGCUCUGGAAAGAUCACGAGAAAACGGCCACACGCCUGAGCUUAAAGUCUCCGUGUUGCUGGACCACACGCGAGGCUCUCGAGGGGAGGUGAACUCGAGGAGCAUGCUGCUGCCUCUGCUGCGGCGCUUCACCUCGCAAAUGCGCGUGUCCCUAUACCACACGCCCGACCUAAGGGGCCUGCUGAGACUGCUCGUGCCACAGCGCUUCAACGAGACCAUCGGUGUGCAGCACAUCAAGGUCUACCUGUUUGAUGACAGCUUUAUCAUCAGCGGGGCCAAUCUGAGCGACUCCUACUUCACCAACCGGCAGGACCGCUACGUCCUGCUGGAGGACUGCAGCGAGCUCGCCGACUUUUUCUCCGAGCUGGUGGAGGCGGUCGGGGACAUCUCGCUGCAGCUUGGGCCUGACGACUCUGUGGCCAUGCAGGAUGGCAUGGUGCACCCGUACAAAGGCGACAGGCAGGACUUCUCGGCGGCGGCGAGCAAGCGCAUCAUGGAGGUGGUGGACAUGGCCCGUGUGCGCCAGCAGCUGCUCCUCAGCCAGCACCAGCACUCUGAGGAGCAGGAGGAGGAGGACACCUGGGUCUUCCCUCUAGUCCAGAUGAAGCCCCUCGGUAUCCAGAUGGACGAGCAGGUCACGCAGCGCCUGCUGUGCGACGCAGACCAGGACUCCACUGUCUACCUGACAUCGGGCUACUUCAACGUGACGCGGACGUACAUGCGUCUGGUGCUCGGGGCGGGGGCCGGCUACCGCAUCCUCACUGCCUCACCGGAGGUCAACGGCUUCUUCGGGGCCAAAGGUGUUGCUGGCGCCAUCCCCGACGCCUACACGCACAUCGCCAGGCAGUUCUACGAGCACGUGCGUCAGCUGGGCCAGCAGGGGCGCAUCCAACUGCACGAGUACCACAGGCCGAUGUGGACCUUUCAUGCCAAAGGUCUGUGGUACUACCUCCACGGGCAGGAUCGGCCUUGCCUCACACUAAUCGGCUCCCCCAAUUUCGGCUACCGCUCCGUUCACCGCGACCUGGAAGCCCAGGUCGCCAUAGUCACUGAGAACGAGCUGUUGCAGGACCAACUACGGGAGGAGCAGGAGAUGUUGUACCGACGCUCCUCGGAGGUGUCCGGAUUGACAUUCGACCAGCCGGAUCGCCAUGUUAAGCUCUGGGUCAAACUGGUAACGCCGUUCAUCAAGAACUUCUUCUGAGGUAACGCGACCAUCUAAAAAUAUUGCUAGAAAACUACAUGGCAACUCUGCUUACCUUUUGCCUUUGACAUGAUAGCAGGAAUGUGGCACCCACGAGGGCUGCGUGUUAGUGUUUCAGAUAGUGUAGUCUGGCUGUUGCUUGAAAGUGCCUCUGGAUCUUUGUCCAGCCUGGCGGAUUACGUUAUGGGUGGACAAACUCUGUGAGGGGACUGGUUCUUUUGAAAAUUAGCCCCACUGUUACAUAAGUGAAACAGAAAUGCAGAACGGCUCGCUCACACAUUUCCACAAUAGGCAGAUAACAAAUGUUAAAAAGCGAAUGUUCCAUAAUAUAACUGAUUGUUGAUUCCUACGACUGUCAUCGUUGUUUUGAAUUGAGUCUUGCUAACUUGCCGCAUUGAUCAGCUUAAUAUCUGACCAUUAUCCGUGAAUUGACCGAUACAUUUCCCUGUUCGAUUAGAAUUGGUAUUUAAACAGUCCUCUUCGUUAUGCUGUUUACAGUAUAUUUUGACCAAGACAACACCUUAGUUGAUCAACUGUACCUCACCGUUGCAAUGCUUCAAACAAGAUCUCCAAGGGAAGAGGCCAAUGAGCUUAGUCUCAUCAGCAAGUUGCAACAGAGAUGAGAGACUGGAAGAGUCACAGAAAGGCAUAAAAGUAGACGUCCUUGGAAAUGUAUUGAUUCAUGGCUUAAACACCUGUUGUGAAUUUUGCUGUUCAGCUUCUUGUAAAGAGAACAGCAAGCAAGAAGUACUGAAAAAUUGGACAUGUACAUUCAAGUUUAAAGGUCAAAUUAAUUUCACCUGGCUGUAAGUUACUGUGCAUUUUAAGGUUAAUCCUGAAAUUUCAACCCAAUGUCCAAAAUCCCUAACUUUGUGAGCAGUGUAUACUGUAUGCAGUAUAUAGAUUUUUGUUCCUGCUUCAGGGUAUAGCACUGCCCCCUUCAUAAUACAGCAAUGCAUUGGAAAGAAGAGUACGCUGAGGCGUCAAGAUUCUUUUUUUUCUUCGUUUGGCUUGCUUGAAUGUUUUAGAUUUUUCUUUUUUUUGUGUGUGAGACAUCAUCCUUACGUGGAUGUGAUUAUCAGUCUUGGACUGUUGCACAGUGACCAUAAUCCAGCUCCGAAGCAACCGCGAGCAAUUUUCUAAACAAACGUCCAGAGUCGUCGUGGUCCGUCGCGAACCCCCGUCCUCGUCUUCCCAGCAGCAUCCCCCAAAAAGCGCCAUGACUGACUCACAGCUCCUCGCUCUGACUCACUCUAGAUUUGCUUUUAUUUAUGAAUGCCAUCUUUGGAGGUUCACCUCCGCUGUAUUUUGCUUGGUGUGCAUGACAACAAAGAAUAUGACCACUUGCCACUUGCUGGCAGAGGGUAAAACUCAUGAAGAACCAAUAUGUCAGCCCUAAAAUAUUGCUUUGAUUGCUCACUUUUUUCCUUCAGAUCACAAAACAUUUCUGCUUACUAGAUGAUUAAAUAUACUGGAAAAAGUCCAAAUAUAAAAAAAACAUUUUAGCAUCUUUUUAUUGUAUAAAACUAAUUUAAACCAUUUUUAAAAAAUAUUAAAAAAAAUAGCAUCUACCUAUCUGUGACUUCAGAACAGGAGCCAUUUUUAGACAUGCUGUUUUGCAUCCUUUUAUCUUCUCAUCUUGUUG